CGACAAAUGGCGUGACAGCAACGUACAUUUAAAUGAGUAAAGUUUCAUUUUUUCUCGUAUUGAAACCUCUUCAUUUUGUAUCAACAUAACGCCUCGCACUUUUAUAACAACACCAGGUAUUUUAUAAAGUUGAAACAAUGGACGCCCUGCAAAGGAGAGUGGUUCAGGAGGACAUGGUCCAGUAUCAGCUCUUCUUGAUCCAGUCGGACGACUCAACUUCACAACACAGUGAGGAGCACUUCUCACAUCUCUUAGAGGAGAUUUUGGCCAAGGUUGCCCCGCUGCUGAUGCAGUACAUCUGGCAGAAUCAGCCAUUCAACCUCAACUACCAUCCUGAGAAAGGAGGUGUUCCUGCUCAUAUUGGAGGUAGCACUCAGUUUGGGGACAAUGUGGAGGAUGAGUGGUUUAUUGUUUACCUCUUAAAGAAAAUCACAGAGGCCUUCCCCGAGCUCGCAGCCAGAGUUGAGGACAACGAUGGGGAAUUUCUCCUGAUUGAAGCUGCAGAUUAUCUUCCAAAGUGGCUGAAUCCGGACACCAGUGAGAACAGGGUGUUCCUCUAUAGGGGAGAGUUGCACAUCCUGCCCUACCCCUCCAAAUUCAGUCCAGUAGGGAUCUCGAGGGAUGUGGUGCCCAGUGUGGCACAGGCUGUAGCGCUGAUCUCCACCAACCCAGAGGCCUGUCGGGCAAGCCCCAAGAUUUGUUCAGCCCUGAGGAAGCGGCUGGAGGGGUACCCAGACAAGAUUAAAUCUGGCCUGCAUCGUGCCCACUGCUUCAUACCUGCAGACAUUGCCAUGGUGUUGGCACAGAGACCAGACCUAGUCGCCCCUGCUGUUUCAGCUUUCUACCUGCGGGAUCCAGUGGAUCUCCAGGCGUGUCGAAGCUUCAAGAACUUUCCUCCUGAUACAAGAGUCUUAACUUCGGUGACAUUUACUCGUUGCCUGUACGCCCAGCUGCAGCAGCAACAGUUCACACCAGACCGGAGGAGCGGUUUCUCUUUGCCUCCUCGCUCUCACCAACAGUACAAAGCCCAUGAGCUUGGCAUGAAGCUGGCCCACGGCUUUGAGAUUCUGUGCUCUAAGUGCAGACUGCCAUCUUCAGAGCCUGAUGCCCCAGUCAGUUGUAACCCUCAGUGGAAAGGCUUCAUGGACAGCCUGAAAAGGAACGACUACUUUCGGGGAGAACUGGAAGGUUCAGCAUGUUACAGAGAACUGACGAAAUCAGCAGAAAACUUCUUUAAACAGUCUGUUGCCUCAAAAUCCAGUGAAAUGUCCCCGGGAAAGGAGGUUCUCCAGCUGCUGCACAGCUGCGAUCACUUCAACAUGGAGGAGCUGAAGAAGCAGGAGUCACAGCUCCCCCAAGAGGACAGUGACAGCUGGCUCGAUAUCACAGCUCAGGAGUUGGAGCGUAUGUUGCAGGAAAGAAGUGGGGGGAGAGCUGAUGUUGGCAGCCAAAACACCAGCUCCACUAAACACACGCAUCAUGUCAGGGUGGCAGACGAGAGGAAUAAGAAGACUGAGGACAGCAAAGAGGAAGAGGAGGGCGCAUACAGCCUGGUAGCAGUGAGUCAGGGGAUGAAGAACUUCCUCAACACCAUGUCAUCACAUGAAGGCGCUGAACUGCCCUGGACGGGUUCAUCUCAGCCUUUUAGCUUUGACCCGAACUCCAUGGCCAGCGCACUGGACCGACUGCUAGGAAGCAAAGAAGAAGAACUUGAUUCAGAUGACCUUGACGAUGAUGACGAUGAUGACGAUGACCAUGAUGAUGAUGAUGAUGAUGAUGAUGAUGAUGAUGAUGAAAAAGAAGAGGUGUCCCUUGGUACUGCAGAGAUGAAUGGUACAGAGACGUUGGACAGUCUCAGAAAAUAUAUGGACCAAAUGGAUCAGGAGCUCCUGAGCACUAAUAUUGGACAAAGCUUUAAUCUAACGAAUGAUAACAAGGCAGGUCUGGACAUUGGGUCUCCCAAACCUUCUGCCACAGAUGGCCUCCUGAUGGAGGGAGGGGUGGAGGAGACAGAGGAGGAGAUUCAGCCUCUUGACGUGGACUUCAACCUGGUCACCAACCUGCUGGAGUCCCUCAGCUGUCAGGCCGGGCUUGCCGGACCAGCCUCCAACCUGCUGCAGAGUCUGGGCAUACACCUCCCUCCCAACUCUGAUCCCUCAUAAAGGACAGGGGGUAGCUAAUGAAUGAGGACAUAUUUGGCAGAUUUCUCUUCUGUACGUAAGUUUCUGAUGAUUCCCGGAUAGGACAGUUGGUGAGAUGGCCCUUAAAGCUGUCAACAGAAUACUUUCAUUACAUUGGCUGAACUUCUGUUGCCAAAGCAGUCACAGGCGUCCAUCCUGUCGUCCUGUGGAGCUUUCAUUGUAAACAGACAUGGUGUUGAACGUUCAGUGUUUCUCAUCCAAACACACUGUGUGUACUGUCAAACUGUCAUU